GAGCAACAUCCUGGCCGUAAUUUAAAACACUACUCCAGGCUAUAUAGUGGGGUGCGAGGAAACACAGGGUUGGAAAGAAAGCUCUCAGUCCCUCACAGCAAACAGAGGCAGUUUCAAGGACUUCAUUCCACAGCUAAAAGACUGUGAUCUCAUUUCGUAGGAAAACAGCAACUUCUCACACGCACAAGCAUGAGAUCCAGGCGGCUGAUCUCCGUGACCCACCUGCCUACGAUCAGUGAGACAGGAGAGAUGCUGUUUGUGGGAAGGAGCCAUGCGCAGGCCGAGGAGCCCCUGGCCGGGCUGGAUGAGUAUGUCCAGUCCAUUAGCCAGCUGGCCCAGCCAUCCUCGCUGUCCAGCGGGCUCCCAUGUCCUUGCCAGGGCAGCCAGAACAAGCCUCACAAGCUCCAGAGGGCACAUGGGAAAGUGGUCCAGAGCGGGGUCGCACUCCCCAGCCCUGAGAAGGUGCAGGGCAAUGCAGCGUCCCUGCAGGACAUCACAGCCCAGUUCAACCAGCAGCACAACCUCCAGGGGCUCACCGGCAGCGCUGACCUGCUAGCCUGGCUCUUCGGACUCUCAGAAGCAAAGGAGCAGAGUCCGGGUCUGCGGAAACGGGCAAAUCCUUCUUCCCGCUCCUCCCAGACGGCCACCGACGCAGGCUGCCCAGCAGCCCCCCAGCAGACGGCCCAGGGGAACCUCAGUGCCACCAGCGACCCCAGCAGCGCAGCCCGGAAACUGAGCGGCCCAGCUCCGCCUCUGGAGCGGAGAUGCCGCUGGCAGCGAUCACGCAGAUGGCCAGCUCUUCCCAGCUGCGUGGUGAGGGGCAGGCCCAGCCGGGCCCAGAGCGCCCGCCUACCUGUCAUUUAUGAAUUGUGAUGGACUCUAGUAAAACUCACUUGUCAACGGUG